AUGGCUCGGUUGGCUCCCUGGAGGACUGGGUGGUUGCCGCUUGCCGGGCACCAUUUCCGGCACAGGUGCGAGUCCUUCGGGCGAUGGGAGGUGCUGGCCCCGCCGCGGCGCUUCUUUUCCGAAGAGAGCAUGCGCUCCACCACGUGGCGGCGGAAGGCCGGCCAGCUGCAAAGGUCUUUGGAGAUGGAACCUGACAACCCCCGGCGUCUGGCCGAGCUGCUCAGGACCUUGAACCAUUAUGACCCCCAGCAGGUGAUUCGGCUCUUCGAGCAGAGGGACCCCAAGGUGGCCUUCAAGAACCCAGAGGCGGUGCGCGAGUACGUCCGAGCGCUGGUCUUGGCCAAUCGCUUGGACUUUGUGGAUUUGGACGUGGUGUUGGGCAAGCAAUGGGGCCGGGAGCGCUCCCGCUCGCCCAUCCGCGUGUGCGAGCUCAGCGCCGAGGAGCAGGAGGCCUUCCUGACGGACUUCGCGCAGCAGUAUUGGCUCCCACCAGAUGUGGGCUCGCCGCCCUGGACGGGCUCACGGGGGUCCCGGCUGCGACAGUACCGGGAACGCCUGGUAGCAGAGGUCGAGAAGAAUGUCAAGGACCUGGAGCCGUGCUGUGGGCCCUUGGGAGACAACUUCCAGAUGGCCGUGACCGGCCUGCGCUGGCAGCGCUUCGUUUUCCUAGACGAUCUGGCGCGCAUGAGCGACGUGCUUUUCCGGGGCCCCAUCCUGGCGCAACAUGCGCACGAGGUGGAUGCCCGGCUGCACCUGGCAUGGCGCAAGGUGCGGUCCCAGAUCCCGGACCUGGCCGUGUUUGCCCGCGCCACGGCCAACUACCGGGUGUCCGCCGUGCGGGUUGCGAUGAUGUUGGAGACGGGCAGGCCAUCGGAGGCCGCCGCUUACGAUGGCCAGUUCCAGCUGCCGGACCCCAGGACACUCUCCAGUUUGCUGUCCUUGCGCUGCGAGAAGGAUGAGGCCGAGGAGCUGGCAGAGCUCUAUCGCCUGCUCUGCCAAAAGCUGCAGGGCACGACUUGCACGCACUGCCACCAGCCCUUUGACGAGGGCUCGUCUGCAGGCCUCUUCGAUGGGGAUCAGCUAGCGGUUCCGGUCACCGUUCCCAAGGUCUUGGUGCCGCAGUGUGGCCAUGCGAUCCAUACGCUUUGCUUCGGCUCACAAGUCAUCCCAGAUGAUGGCGACCAGUGCCGAGGCAGAUGCCGCCGCUGUGGGGUGCCCUACGCAUGGACGGGCAUCGAUGUGGAGCCUAUGGUGAACGCCUUCUGCAUGAUGUUUGGCCCUUACGUGGACAAGCGAUCGCAGGACAUGAUCGCGCAGCAUCAACUCUCGUCCAGCGUCAUCACCAGUAUCUCACAGGUCUGCGUGACGUUCUCCCUGGAGAUUGGGGGGCUCAUCAGCCCCAGCUCCUCGUGGCAGCUGCUCUCCCUCCGCCACAGCUUCGCGCAUCCGGAGAUGGUGCAGACCAUCGGAGAGGAGGUGCUACGGUUGCUAACCCUGCCGGAGGAUGAGCACUUUGAGGUUCCCAUGCUGGUGCCAGCGCUACCGUGCGAGGACUGUGACUGUGAGGAUCGCGAUCUGCACGUCGGCUCGCCCUCUGAAGAGGAGCCGGAGCCGGAUCCUGACAGCGAGCCGUCACCAGAGGAGGACUUCGGCCCGGAGCCGGGCGCGGCCAUGCUCAGCCAGCUGGUGCAAGGUUGUGAUGGGGACUCCAGCAUCAACGGCCUCAUGCCGACGGUGCAGUGA